AAACCCGGAAGUACAAACGACAAACGAAAGCAGGUGGCUACCUAGAGCCGUGGUGACUACUGUCAGAUACGUAAAAUCAGUGAUUCGGGGUUUUUUUUGUUUGUUUUUUUUGUUUUGUUUUUUCAGUCUCAACACAAAUGAUUGUCUGGUAAAUGCAAACUGGUAUCCGACUCUGUCUGAUCUAUUCAGGGUACCACUCUGGAGUCUGGACAGGUCAAAGCCUAGCUACUGUUUGGCUGGGUGAAAGCAUGGCUUUGUCAUUUCUGUUGGUCUUGGCUGCAACAGUUAUUCUCAUUCGACCAGAAACACCUGUAACUAAGGCUUUACACCAGAAUUCACUGGAGUGUUGCAGUGACAGGCAGCAGAGACCAAACAGCACUUGUUCAAAUGAUACUCACUGUGAACCAGGAUGCUUUCUGCGGGUCUUGGAGAACAGCAACACUGUUUGCAUAUUCUGUGACUCUGCAGCUGCAGAAUUGGAAAACAUGACAGCCUGCACCUACAACUACACAGUGGAAAAAAAGAAUCACACCACAGUCACUACAGUCAUUCCUGAAAUUGGAGGACCAGGUGUGGCGGCUUCUCUUCUUCUUGGAACAUUAUUAAUCAGCUUGUUCCUCAUUCUCUCAGUUGCCUCCUUUUUCUACCUCAAACGUUCAAAUCGACUCCCAAGCAUUUUCUAUCGACGCAAUAAAGCUUUUAUAUUCCAACCAAGUGAGACUGCAGUCAUGAUACCUUCCACAUCAGCGAGAAAGACCAGAUAUGUGAGGAGAGAGCGACCAUCAGCAUCAUCUACUCUGAAUAGUGCCUCCAUUUCCACAGCAGCCACUACACAAGCUUAACCUGUAGAGGGAGCUGGAGACCUCAGGAACGAUGUAGGGGCAAAUUUUAAUAAUUCCAGAGUAUGAUGAGCAAUCAUUCAAACAGUAUAUCUUAAGUUGCCAAAUAUACUGUAGCUGCUAUUUCACAUUGACUGUUAAUAGUAUAGCUAUAGAUUACAAACAUUUUUCAUUAGCACUAUAAAACCAAAAUCAGCAGUGCAAUACAUAUUGCUUGAGCUAAAUGUGUCAACGGCUUUUAAGUUUUGACUACAUAAUUCUGUUUGUGUUUUUUUUUUUUGCUUUUUUGUAAGCCCUACUUUUUUAGUUUUUAGUUGUAGUAAGAGUUAGAUAGUGGUUGGCGAGAAUGGAAUCUAUAGACAUAUUCUAAUGGUGAACUUGUUGACCAGCAGAGUAAAUUGAUAGAGAAAUACUGACAGAUUUGUGGAUGUUUUUAUAUGCAGGACAUGUAAUAUUUAUUUCCUAUUUGUAACAAUGCACUGAGUUUUUAUACAGGCGAGAACAAUGUGCUUAGGGUAGAUUUGAGAUGUACAUAUUGGAUGUUUUUUAUUGUUAUCAUUGCAGCUUUCUUUUAUUUAUUUGGUGUAUCUUGGACACAUUGGAUAAGUGAAUGUAUUUUAUAAGUGUAACAGUGUCACAGCUGUAAGAAUCAUUCCAUGAGCUGUGAUACUGAUCAACAAAGAUUAUGGAAAUUUAUUUUGGAAUUUUAUCCAACUUCAGAUUAUUAUUGAUCACAUCGAGUAUUUAUUUAUUGUUGGUUUAAUUUUGAUGUUUAUGGUGGUUUCUGUCAAGUUGUAUUUGGUAUCUGAUAAAACACUACUAAGAAUAGUUAAUAAUUACAUUAUCUUAAAUUUGUUGUUUGUUCAUAUAGACUCUAUGUAGAUAUUUAUGAUGAAUUUCAUUAGAAUCAAAAAAAGUAUAAGAAUAUUCCAUUUUACAAUUAUUUGAUGAUGUGAACCUGAAGCCCAAAUACUGCUCAGUGCAUAUUACAAAUAUUAUUCUAAUAUAUUUAUAUCAGACCAUUACAAAACAGUGCACUUUACUUGUGCACUUUGCCUAAAAUAUAUGUUGCCAUUAAGUGUAAUUAAAUCUAUAUUAAUUGUUGCAAUGGUGACAAUUAUAGUUGCACUGAGUAUUACUUGACUAGUUUUUGCCUAAAUCAAGUUUUUGCCUUUUUGUGCCAUUAUAAGCUUUCAGUAAUACUAAAAUACAUUAUUCAUUUGAAUCUAGUCCAGUGGCCUUCUGUAAAAUGUAAAGGCUAUACUUCACAACAACACUAAAAGCCAAUUUCCAAAUCAAGUAAGCGCUGUGAUCCAUUGUAGAUUUUCCAUUUAUUUUGUAUAUUUGUCAUUCUAUUACCAUGAAGAAUAUAUUGUAGAUGUAAAGUAUUGUUUACAAAUAAAGAUCUUUUCUAUAAAGAUUAUGGUUUGUAGUGAGUACAUACAUAAUAUUUAAUGGUGAUGACAUUGGUACAGAGUUGAAAGUGUAGGUGCACAACUUAAAAUUACUGACAUUGGAAUACA